GCAAUAACUAGAGCUGCAGGCGCGAAGGCAGAGCUCGCUGCUUUCUGCUCGACUCUGUUUCAGUGUGGUGAUAUUAGCUUGGCGCAGAUUUCCUUCGCUGCUUGUUUUUCUUACCGAGGGAAACUGUUUUGCUUCACGGAUAUUUUUUUUGCUUUUGUUGCCGCGGAGUAUUUUGGGAGUGCAUCGAGUUUCAUCAGUUAAACGAUGAGCGCCACUGAGGGCCUCUUUUUCUCCGCCUUACAGCCCCCCACGUCGGUCACCACUUACGCAGUGCCGUCCGACCAGCAGCUCGGCGCGGAUCAGCUGACCAGAGCCAAGCGGGUCCAGCAGCAGGUCCAGCAGCGGUUGGCCGAAAAGGCUGCGUCCAUACCGCGGCUAGCUGGAGCUCAGUCCCCCAGCACAGAAUAUGAUGGCUCACCCACGAUGAGAUACCAGAGCCAAGGCAGUGGAUUGACCUCCAAGUCACUCAUGUACAAUGGCGGAAGAAUAAUAAAUCCACGGCUGUCGCAGUAUGCUGGAGGAUUCAGCUCCCGCUCAGCUGUGGAGAUGGGCACGCAGCGCAGCAGGAUCAGCCACGGCGUACCCAUGCCUGCUGUUGUAGGCCGGCCAUAUGCAUUCUACGAUGACACAUAUGUGGGGGGCCAUUAUGCAGGCCAGACGCACACUGGUGAGUCCAGGGAGAUCAUCAGGGCAGAGCAAGAAGCAGCAUCUCUAGGCCUUCAAUCCCUGCCACGACAGCCCUCUCCUAUGGCCAACUGGAUGACUCAAGAGGGUAUGGCCUCCACAGAUCAUCACUCCUACUAUGGCCACAGCACUUUGCCCAGUGCGUCUCCAAUGAUACGCUCUCUUAGCGGUACGCUAGCACGUGAGGGGAUCAACAGAGGGAGGGAGGUAGAGCUUGCUCAGCAGUAUUCCUUUAAAGGCCCCGCCCACCGCACCAUCACCCGUAUGAACAACCGGCAGCUGCAGCACCAGAGGCUGAACAACAGCUCUAUGCAGUGGCAGCAGGUGUCCUCUGGUGGCAGCAGUGCAAUGGCCGGAGGGCACUACCAGAGCACUAUGAGGCGAGCCGGAUCCAUGCACAGCCUGAAGAGUGUGGGGCGUGGGGUGGACGUGUGCGAUGCAGGAGCUGAUGGAAUGGGCAGUGACAUUCAUGGAGGAAUCCAUAGCCUGGACAUGCCAACUGCAGUAAGCUAUCUCAGCUCCUCAGAUGUUUCCAUGCAAAUGUUGGGAGCAGCCUACAUCCAGCAUCAGUGUUACCAUAGCAUUGACGCCAAAGACCUGGUACGCACGCUGAAGGGGAUCCCUGCACUGGUGCAGCUGUUCAGCAGUGAGAACCAGGAAGUGCAGCGUUAUGCUACAGGAGCCACACGCAACCUCAUCUAUGAGAACAUGGAAAACAAGACAGCACUUAUCGAAACAGGUGGCAUCACCAAACUGGUCAGUGCAUUGAAAGAGCCAGAUGAUGAACUCUGCAAGAACGUUACAGGCAUUCUGUGGAACUUGUCAUCUAAGGACAGUUUGAAGGAGCGGUUGGCAAGGGAGAGUUUAGUGGAGCUGACUGAGAGAGUGCUGAUUCCUUUGUCUGGAGGAGGCGAUUCUGGAGUUAUCCAGCAGAGCCCAUCAGAAGCGGAUAUAUUCUACAACACUACUGGCUGCCUCAGAAACCUGAGCUCAGUGAAUGGAAGGACCAGACAGCAGAUGAGGGAGACUCGCGGGCUUGUGGACUCUCUGGUGGGGUACAUCCAGAACUCUCUGCAGGAAGGCAAACCUGAAGACAAGGGUGUAGAAAACUGUGUUUGUGUGUUGAGGAACCUGUCCUACCAGCUGUACACUGAGAUCCCCCCAUCAGUGCAGCUACGCUUGGAGGGCCCUACUCGAGCUCAGGCCACACACCAUAGAGACGCCAUCGGUUGCUUCACUCCACAGGGGAAGAAGACAAAGGAUCAGAGGAACCAGGAGCUGUCUACAUUUACAGAGGUGGCGCGAGUGCCAAAGGGGGCAGAGUGGCUGUGGCAUCCUCACAUUGUGGGCCUGUACAAUCGCAUACUGCAAAACUGCGAUACAAACACUGCCACCCGCGAGGCUGCAGCCGGGGCUUUACAGAACAUAACAGCAGGGGAAGGCCGGUGGGCUUCAGUAUUGAGUCGUGUUGCUCUAGAGCAGGAGCGGAUGCUGCCUGUGGUUUUGGAUCAUUUGAGGACCCCCACUGACUCGGAGCUGCGUUCUCUCACUGGCCUGUUGAGGAACCUGUCCCGUCACACGAAAAACAAGGCUGAUAUGGCUACCAAAGUGGUGAAUAUCCUAGUGACCAGGCUGCCUAGUGACGGGCUUCAAAAAGAGCCGUCUACUGACAUAGUGGUCAACAUCUGUGGUGUUCUCAACAACCUAGUCAUUGCGAGUUCGCUGGCUGCAAGAGACAUCACCUUCUUUGAUGGAUUGCCAAAGCUGGUUGGAAUCAAGACAUCACACGACAAUAGUCCAGCGAAGCUGAAAGCGGCUAAGGCAGCGUCUACGGUGCUGGGCAACAUGUUUCAGUACAGCAAGCUCCACAAAGACUACAAGCAGAAAGGGUUCUCGAGGCGAGACUUCACUGACACAGCUAUUUGAGGCAUCUCAUCUCAUUAGAAGAAUGAAAAGGAAAAGAAACUUGACCUGAACAACCCAGCUAUCCACUUGAGUUCAGUGAAAUGAGGAACAUCCUGACGACUCGAAAGGAAUGAAGGCUGAAGGGAGCUGGCUUGAGUGCUUUUGGUUUCAGCCCAUUUUCUAAAUUUGAUUGCUGUGGAUUUCUAGGAAGAUGGCUUUUUUUUCAUGGGAGUGCAACUGGAUGGAUAUUAUGGAUCAGCGCCAUCUCAAAUAGGGAAUUAUGUGCCUUAGCUCAAGUGAUAGGACAGCGCAAACUGCUAAGUCAUAAGUGUUUUCACUGACUUAAGUCAAACACACCCAUCCAUCACUACAUUGAAGCAUGGCAAGUUGCCACGAAUAGUUGCCAUGUUGCACAAGUUUAAAUGAAUAGACCUAAAUGAAGGUAUGUACAGUACUGUGCAAAAACCAUUAAUUUACAUUAUUUUUAAUUAAAAUAAUGCCUAUUAAAUCUAAGUUGUUCAUUUUUCAGGAGAUAUUUUUGAUAAUUCACGUGCAUAAAGAAGGGAAGAUGUGAAAGCAAAAUAAAUGAAAAAAAGCAGGAGUUUGCUCCUGGAUGAAGUUAAAAGACACAGGGACUCCUAACAACCAUGCAAGACCUGGUAGGGCACCAAAACUGUCACCAUCCAAUAAACAGCACUUAAAGCUUUUAUUUUUGAGAGAAAACCAAGCUCCACUCUCUCUUGCUUCGUACCUGAAAAAACAGGCGCUUCUGUCCAUUUUUCCACUGUAAGAAGACCGCUCAACACUGUGAGUCUGAAAGGAUGUGUAGCUGUCAGGAAGCUGUUAAUGAGAAAAGGAAAUAGAUGAAAAAGAACAAAGAGGCUGCAGAUGUUCUCAUAACCACCCCUGAGUCGAGGUCUCGACAUUGUAUUAUGACCAGUAUUGCAAUUGCGAUUUAAAUUACAGUUAUUUUUUAUAAAACGAGGCCUGACUUUUUGGCCAAGAAUAGCAGCAUAUUCACAUAUUUUGACCUUCUCUGGCUAGUGUGCCAGACUGCCAGUUAGUAUUGGUUUUACAUGGUUGUUUAGUUGCUUCUGAUUAGUCCAGAUCAUCUACAGGCAGUUUACAAGCUCAGUGUUAUUAGGUUGAAUUUUCCCACUUAAAACAUAAGACAGUAUUGUUGAAAAUCUAACAUAUAAUAAAAAUUGCACUUGAUUUGAAAACUGAACUCUCAAAAUGCAAUUUUGAUAUAAAAAACUAUGUUUCAGCUCAUCUUCCCCAACACUGAAUGUUUUUUGGGAUUAGUUAAAUGAGCAGCAGUUAUCUUCUAUAACUGAACUUUGAAACCUUGCAGAUUUUUUCAUGAAAAGAACAGAGGAUGUAAUAAAAGCAAAGCGUGGACACGCUACAUAAUUUGGUAAUGUAGUUAGUUGUUGAGGCUUCUGUGUCAUUUAAUAUGUUUCUGUUAAAUAAGUUUUCUGAUUUUUAUUCCUGACUCUGAAAAAUGAAUAACUUUUUAAAGGUGGUCUCUAGGUUUUUGCACAGUGCUGUUUAGUACAGUUUAAUCUCUCAGAGAAGGAAGACUUGCAACAAAGUGUUAAAGCCCUUUAAUGUGUCCCUCCAUUUAUUCAACAAGCUCUGGCUUCACUGUAUUUUGGAAAAUGGCUUUUAUAGAGUUGAAUAAGAUUUAAAAGAUCAUUGCUUUGAGGCAAAUUUCUGCUAAUCCUGACUCUGUAAGUGAGGGUUUGUAUAAGAAACAUGUAAGAUAUGUAUUUUUAUAUUUGUUUCUUACACUGUCUCCAAGAAGUCAUGUGUUUUAUGCCUGGGAUUGAAUCCCAGUUGGGCAGAUGUACCGACUAUGCCCUUAUGCCCUGAACCUAUGUUCAAGUUGGGGAGAGAUUGGAUGGUACGCUUGCAGUCCCUCUCUCACCUUUGUGGAGUGAUGUACUGUAGGGCAUUGGCUUAGUCAUGCAGUUAGAAUUUUCUUCCUUUCGUUGUUGGACCUUGGCAAUGUGUGACUAGCGUUUAAAAAAAGAUGUGGUGCCCUUUACCCUCCGAGUACAGUCCUGCACAGAGGGGAGAGACGUGAAUCAAUACAACUAAAUAGAAAACAAAACAAAUUUACUUUUAAUGCUUUAUUCAUGAGCUUUGCUUUUCAUGUAACACCCUGUGGGCUUUUAUGAUUGUUUUACACUUAAAAUACUUUUUUUUUUUGUAGUAAAAGACAUUUUUUCCCCCAAAUUACAAUAACCUCCACUACUAUAGCAUUAGCAUCUGUAGCAGAACAGACUGACCGACGUGAAGAAGUAUUUUGUAACAGACUGGAGAAGUUCUGUGGCUUAAAUAACACACAGACUAAAAUCAAGCAAUAUUAUUCAUUCAAACAAAUAAAAAGUAUUUGCAUCACAUUGCGUUGGAUUUGGUUUAUAGUUCAAUACAAAGAAAGGGGAAAGUCAAGUGAAAAAACAAGGGUUUCCAAAAAAUAGAAGAAAAAAAAAAGAAAGUAAAAGAUACAGAGGGAAUCCUAACAACCAUGCAAGACCUGGUAGACCACCCAAGCUGUAGCUUAAGCUCUUAUCUAAGAGAGGAGAAAAUCAAGCACCACUCUUACUUCAGUCUGAAAACAUCCACAGAUGUUUCUGUCCGUCCUUCCACUGUGAGAAGGCAACACUGUGCGUCUGAAAGUAUAUGUAGCUGUCCAGAAGCCCUUACUGAGAGAGAAAAAAAAUUCUCAGAAUAAUGGCCUGGCCACGCUAAGAGUCCAGACCUCAACAUCACUGAAUGUGUUUGAGAGAAGCAGAAAUGCAACCAACUUCCAAGAUUGAACUUUAGAUGCGAGGAAAAAUAUCCCUGCAGAUUUUUUACUUUCUUUGUUUCUUACAUUUUACAGAUAAUUUACUUAGUUGUUGAGGCUUCUGUGUAGUUUUCUGUUUUUUUGUUGUUUUUUUUUUUUUUACAUUGAAAAAUGAAUCACAGUGUCUCAAAACUGCCCAGUGUAACAGGGUUACUGAAGGAAACCCUUGAAGGUCUACAAGCUCUUGCAGGAACCUUUAACCAACAAACAUCAUGUGUCAGCUGUCUUUAGAGAACCACUCUUUUCAGAAGGGUUUCUGGAGGCCCCCGUAUGGGACCUGCUUGCGUGGCGAGCUGGGGAACCUUAAAGGGAGUUUAAUAGGAAAUAUAAUAUGAAUAUAGAGAACUUUUUUAAUCCAUAUCUUUCAAUCAGUUUGAGAGAUUUUCUCAGGCAACCUCAGAGAACGUAUUGACCAAAGGACUCCAUAGAAUGGUGGUGUAUUUGUUUCAGUCAUCUACAACAACAAAGCCCAGCGCAGUUGUGCAACAUUUUAAACUGAAAACCAGACUUUAUGCAUGGACUCCAAAAUAAGAUCUCAGCUGUUUCUCAUUAUGUUGACUGGGACUUUGUGGGCAGCGCAUGGGUGGGUCAGUGAGCUCGGCCUUUUUCUCGUAUCGGCCUCUUUGUUGUGAGUCCAUUGUCUGUGGCAGUGUUUCUUAAACACAGUAGGGAUGUUGUAAAGGUCGACAAGAUACACAUUUAUCCCAUCAGACAGUUCACUGACCCGAAAGACUUCCCUCUGUUCGGCCUCUGUGUUAUGUGUAUACAUGCUUUUUCAGGCUAAAGGCUGAAAGACUGGGGUGUUUUGAUAAGCUACAAGAAACCUCAGGAGAGGGAAUGAUUUGAGGAAAACAGCUCUGUAUUCAUCCCUAAUGCUUAUUAUUCUAUCAGUUACAGGCCAUUGAAAUAGAAAAAAAGAGGUGUGGACAGAGAAGAGGAGGGCUGUACGUCUUAAUCAGAAAUGUACUGUCACAGGCUUGUGUACAUUAGCUGGAAACCUUUUUUUCUCCUAAUAACUGACAAGAUUACUGUCCAAAUUCAUUUUCAAACACUCAGAAUAUACAUAGAGCUGGGCAAUAUGGUCAAAGAUACCACACUGCACGUAUAUACAAUACAUUCAAAUCAAAGUAGCCCAUCUUGGAUCUGACAUGAUUAAAAAAUGACACGUGUUUUACACUAAUAUGCAUUAAAAAAACAUACAUUUUUGAUUCAUUUUGAGGCUCACUGUAGCUUUGUGCAGUGUCUACUGAAAAGCCUAAUACUGCAACAAGUAUGUAGACAUGUGUGCUUUGUGUUUCUAUUAAGAAAUAGGCAUUUAUUUUUAACAGGCCAUUCCAAGACUGUCAUUUCCUUUUUGGCAAAGUACCUUUCAAAAGGCAGCUGGUGUGUUUCAGAUUAUCAUUUGGGCAGUUUCUUUGCAGACAUCUGCAGAUUUGCAUCCAAAAUUCUUUUCUAUAUGUCCCGAGUUCUUUGACACCAUUGUUAAAGAAGAAGAAGAAAAAAGCAGUUUAUUAAGAAGAAUUUUUCAGUUUUUUAUUCAGUUUGAUACUGUGCUAAGUGUUCUGCUCUGAAACAAAUAUAUUUUGUUAAAUAUGUUGUUAUGAAGCAAAAUGAUUAUGAAGACAUUUGGUUAAAGUGGGUUAAAUUGUCUAAAUUCUUGGGGCCACUGUACAUAAUACAUGAUAAAUGUAUUAAAGCAAGAAAACUACA